GGUCGCACUAGAACGUGAGCGACAGUCGAUGUAGAAAUGGUCAUAUUGUUACAGCCUAACUGACCGUGUCACGGCAAGUCUGACCAGUUACGUGUGGUCAACAGAUUGUGUGUGGAUAAACGUUUUAGUAUAAUACGAAAGAUUAGGACGAAAUCUGCGUGGAUAAUAUAUUUAUUCUAAAAAAAACAUGUGAUAUAAUCUAAAACGGGUUCUAUCUGAGUACAGACGGGCGGUGGAUCAAGUUAUCCAAAACAUGAUGUACAGGUGAUGUCAGCGAAAACCGUAAAUGACGCAACAGGUGUAAGACGGUGCCUCUAGCCAUGGACACCAAGAGGUCGACGAAUCGACUAAGGCGCAUCCUGUUGGCACUUAUUCUAACAACUGUUGCCAUCUUUGCCUUUACUAUCCACUUCCGUUUUUUGAAUGGCCCCCUAGAUUCCAUAGACUUUAACGAUGUGUCCAGGGAAGCGUCCUAUCAGUCGGUGCUACAACACUCCGACGGCAGUUUAGAUGUCAUAUUCAACGUCCCAGCCUCGUCCAAUCUUGCCAGGAAACUCCGACAAACCAAAGUUAGUACGAAAAAAGCUCUUUAUAACUUAAACGGAAUAUACAAAAAGGGACCACUUUUAAACAAAACAACAGACGGGGCCGUCGCCAGGCCCUCUAUUAAAGCCAACAGUACAGGCAGGAGAUUUGUGAAGAAGACGCUAUAUCCGGUUACUCUGCAAUCCCCGUACCUUAUCAACAACGUUAACAUCUGUAAGGACAUGAAAAAGCCGGGGCUAUUGGUGAUUGUUCAUACUGCUACUGAUCACUUCAAACGGCGCAGGUCCAUACGGGAAACCUGGGCUAACAAAAAUAUUCUCAUUAACCAUGGACUUAGGAUAGUGUUUAUGUUCGGCUUAACAGACAACAAGGACACCGAGAUUAUGUUGGAGAAUGAGAGCGUUGUGCAUGGUGAUAUUGUCCAGGGGAACUUUAAAGACACCUAUCAUAAUCUUACUCAUAAGGGCGUGCUAGCCUAUCGCUGGAUCACCGAGUACUGUCCUAAAGCCGACCUCAUCGUGAAGGUGGACGAUGAUAUGUUCGUGAAUAUAUUUCUACUUUUGGAUGUGUACUUUCCCAAAUAUAAAGACAAUACCAGGUUUAUGGGUUGUCAGGUUAGACACAAGGGCACCAGUCCUAUUGUUCGAAACAAGAGCAAAUGGCAAGUCAAAGGUGACGAGUUCAAAAACAUGACGCAUUAUCCAGUGACGUAUUGUAACGGCUAUUUCGUCAUAAUGUCGCCAAGCAUCAUCCGGGAACUUUACCGAGCCUCGUUCAUGACCCCGUUUUUCUGGGUUGAUGAUGUUUACUUGUAUGGAUUACUUCCGUAUAAGAUAGGAAAAGUGAAACACAUUCCAUUUACUAGUAAUCUAACACUCAGCCAGGAGGCCGGUAUUAAAUGCUUCACCGGAAAUACAACAUGCCACUAUUUAGCUGCGUACGCAUUCAAAGAAGGCGUAAUGGAGAAACUGUGGUAUGCGUCUUUAUCAAUGUUCAAAGAUUUAGCAGUCAAAUAUUUACCUAAGGAGUUACUGUUAACAUGAUGUGUUUGGGCAACAGUAGAUGUACCGCCGUGUUUACACUGUGAUAUUAAUGAGGGCGGCACAUACAACUCAUAGAAUGUGCACAAAAUGAUAUCUGGAUUUCGGUUUCACAAAAAUGCGUUGCUUCGUUUUUUAUUUCCCGAAAAAUAUUAAAGUAAUGCGUAAAAUAAAAUAUACAUUUUCAGAUUUUUAAGCUAAAAUUAGAGAUCAUUUUGAUAUGAUAUUAGAUAUACAUUUGUAAAUUAGGAAAAAUUCAAAAUUUUAACUGAAACUCUGCAGUAGUCCAUGGACCAAUACUAAUAUCAGAUGAUUCUUGUUUUCAUUUUUUUUAUUUCACAGAUGAGUGCCAUAACUAUUUUAUAACAUAUUUUAUUUUCCGUGCAAUAUUGCCAUUCGAUUAGGACGAAAUGGCACACGUGCACUUGCACAAUAAUCAUGCCAAUAAGCAUGACGUCAUUGGUAACAUAAUUGUGACAUUAUUGACGAACUGAACGACCUAUCUUGGUUUGAUACAGUAGUCAUAAAUGACAAGGCUUUACGGGAAAAUCAUAUUGCGGUAUUGUACAAUGCAAUGUGAUAUGUUUUCAUGCAAAACUCUCAUUUUCCGACAGUAAAGAUCAUAGCAAGGAAGUUCAAUACUGUAUGACUCCAUUGCUACAGUUAUGACAUCAUAACGGGCACGCGCCGUAUUACAUUUAAAGUCCUUUAUGCCGUUCAUGCCAUUAUAAUGUAUAUUAAAUGAAAAGUAAUAAUUAAUGGGCCUAUACACGAAGUAUUGUAAUCUUGGUGUAUAACACUUUGAAAAAUGCUCAGUAACAUAGUACUCAAUGUGUACUACAUGUCCGAUAUAUUAAUGUGUUGUGAGAAUUAUAACAGAAUUCAGUUUGGUCGUGGAUUCAGCAAUUUAAAGAUUACUUUGUCAAGAUGGUUGUAUAAGUCUGUUUUUCCUUAUUGAUCGCAUGAAUAUAUAAACAUGUGGAUGUGCGAUAAACGUGUGAAGGUAUGUGUGGAUGUAUGAACUUGUGAAUGUAUGAACGUGUGAAUGUAUGUGUGAAUGUUUGAACGUGUGAAUGUAUGUGUGAAUGUAUGAACGUG